CGUCACCAGCAAAACACACCUUGCAGCAGCAGCGCAGUCGUGUCUCAGGUGUCAAGAAGUGAGAGAACGAGUUCUGCCUGCAGCUGCAACCGAGAAUUAGCGUCAGAGUGCUCGUUGGUGGCUCACUGUGUCGACCGCUUUCUCUCAUUACCUCCCCAGUGGAUCCCAACACGGAGGCCUCUCCUCCCAUGAGACUCGCCACAUUAUGACAUCCAGCUAUCUGUAUCUACUGCUUUACUUACUGGGAAGCUGCUUAGGGCCAUCAGUCGCACAAAGGAAUGAAACCUGUUCUGCAAAAGAAACAUGUGGUCAGGGCCAGGAGCCGACCUCUCGCUUCCUGCAGUGCGUGGGACUGCCGUCGAGCGACGCGGGCGCGGACCACGCGAGGCGGCUGAAAGGAAUGCUGGCGGGGGCGAUGGACGUGUACAGCUUCAUGAGGUCCAGCACGAGGGGAGUGCCCCUCCUCAGCCUGCAGGGAGAGCUGGCUUUAAACCCCGCAGCAGACCCCCUCCAGAACGAAGCCCUGGUCCAGAUGUGGCUCCAGGUCAAGAUCAAACCGCUGCUGAAAUCCGUCUCCAGGCACUUCCUGUCCUGCCUCAGCACCAAGAACUUCAGCUGCGCCACCUACCAGACUGUGGUGAAGGAGCUCAGCCUCCAUUACUCCGAGAUGGAUCCGGUCAGACAAAAGUGGAUCUACUCAUUCUUCAUGUACCCCUUCCUGUCCGGGGACGGAGUAGCUGGUUGUGUGAGCCCACAGCAGAGCGGCGAGGAGUGGCUGAUGAAGAAUUUCGGCGCCUUCAGAGCCGAGGCCCGGAUGAAGGACUUCACAACGCUCAACCUGGUCUUCAGCGGGCUGGAGGUUCUCAGCCUGCUGUCGCCGGCGCAGAAGGCGGAGCUGCUGCUCAGGCCGGAGGUCAGCGGUUUAGACAACGGCUCCCUGAGCCUGGUCUUCCACAGCCUGCUAGCAGGGGGCCCUCCUCCCACCGCCGGCCCCGGCCAGAACUGGACGAAUCCCGGCGAGGGGCACAACUUGACCGGCCCUGGAAACCACACGACUAACCUUCCAAAACCCACAUAUAACCCCCAGCCACCACCGUCCCCACUGAACAAACUCAGACAGAUUCUAAGCGGCGUCAUGGCGGCUUCCAGACCCAUUGGGAGCUUCGUUCGUGACUUUGUGUCCUUCACUCGAGAGAGGAAAGCGUCAGACAUUAAAGGCACCACUCUGACCCAGUUCCUGUUCAACUGGACUCUGGCCGAGCUGGCCAACGCGUACCGGCCGCCAAGCGCAUCCGCGGUUCCGGAGAUGCCGCAGAUGGACUUUGUCAAUGUGGAGGACUGGUACCAGCACGUCGUGGUGCCGGUGUUACGGAGGUUCCUGCAGAGCGACGCCGCCCUGAUGCAUGAAAACAUCACGCUGGCCUUCCACGAGUUGUUCUACCUGGACCACGACACCACGGCCAUGGAGAAUGACACCUCUGAAAUCCAGGACGUCUGCAGCAUCACUCUCGAUAAGAGCCAAUGCGGGCUGACCGACGCCGUGGCAAACGUGGCCAACGUGUUGCACUGCGCCGCCGACAGCAACCUGACGAUGUCCGAGGAGACGGUCGUGAGAUUGAUCGAGGAGCUGACGCAGCGUCUGAAUUCACUGAUGCAGGAGUUGCUCACAUCGGACCUGAGCGCGGUGGUGUCCGACGUCAAGCAGCUCUUCAGCCAGGCGGAAGCCCCGUCUCUGAACCGGGAACACCUGGACGACCCGAGCUUCAUCAAGCUCUGGUUCAAGGUCAAAGUGGUGCCUCUGGGGCCUAUCGUACCUAUGGAAGUCCUGUCCUGCCUCAGCGCCAAGAACUUCUCCUGCCCAGCUUUCCAAACCCUUGUGGCAGCAUUCAGCGAGAACGACAACUAUGCGUACACUUACAUCUAUCUGUAUUUCAUCUAUCCGUUCCUGUUGAAUAGCAACACAACUGAUCCUCGGUGUGUCAUGUCGGCUAAUAACAGCGCCGAAUGGCUGACGAAGAACUUCGGUGCCUAUUUGAAAAUGGCCUCCGUCGCUGACUUCUACAAGCUCAACCCAAACUUCUCUGGACUGGACGUUCUCCCCCUCUUGACCCCGAGGCAGCUGGCAGAGAUGCUGGUGUUGCCCCUUCCUACUCCACCCGAGAGAGACGUGGUUAUCAACGGAGUAUUUGACUUCUUGCUGGAGUCCCCUGAGAGGGAGAAGCUUGUGGAGGUCGGGUACUACCUGCAAUAUUUCCUCCCGCAGGAAAAACCACCGUGCAACGUGUACGAACACAUCUUCGAGCGACUGUACGGAGCCAUUCCUCUCGUGCCACGAGACAUCGAACCCGACAUCUGGACUUUCAUAGGAGAGCUGAUGAGCGUGGCGCCAGAUGAGUGUGUUCCAGCAAACUUAAUGUGCCCAGACAUCCCCUACAACGGCACUAUCGUCUGUGAAGGAGUCAACAGCUCUUUGCUGCUCUCUUAUAUGAACCCAUCUAUGGAAGUUAACUGCAGUUACACCUUGGAAACAUAUGCAUGUGCACAGCUGGGAAACUUCACAGCCAAUCAGAUGGUGUCUCUUCUGAAGUGUAAUCUGCCGGGAAACAGCCAGAACUCCAGAGUUCUGUGGAAAUUGCUGCUGACCAAGCUGUCCUUCGUUUUGGACCCGGCGCUGGACAUCUUGGCCGACCAGUCCACGACGGCAGUGGUCGGUUCAUCGGCGUCCGCGGUUCUGGACGUGAUUGGAGAUAUCAGAGUGGCGUUUCUGACGGACGAACAGCUGAUGAACAGCAGCGUCGUCGACAAGUGGUUCUCCAAACGUCUGAGCGCGUUCCUGCCUUUUGCAUCCGGAAGAUUUCUCCACUGUCUGACCAGGAGGAACCUGAGCUGUCAUUCAUACCAGCAAAUACUGCAAGAAUUUAUCCACCGAUUUGACAACCUGGCUUAUUGGCAACAAAGAGUGGUCCUCAAGGAUUUCAUCCUCCGCUUCCUGUCGCAGCCGCACUCAGGUCCGGGCUGUGUGUCUGCAUCCAACAACAGCGCGGAGUGGGUGGUGAAGAACCUGGGUCCGUUUUUAAGUCUCUUGGACUUCAGAACGCUGCUUGAACUCAGCCCAGAAUUGAACUUUCUGGAGGUCGUACAAUUCCUGACUCCAGUGCAGGCUGCACAUCUGGUGUCCCUUCUUCCUGAUUCUCCAGAGAAAGACAUCAUCAUAAACAAGAUCUUUGAUCGCCUGACUGGGUCUCCCAAUGAAAUUCCUAUUUUCCUGUUGGACCUUUAUACAUCCCUGUACCAGGCAAACCUCUCCUGUUCAUCGUACAAAACAUUGCUGGACAGACUGGACAUGCUCACGCCAAUCGUUCCUCUGAGUACAGUGUCAUUAAUCAUCCAAACUAAGAUAGUGUUGUCUUACCAAAUGCCAACAGGUUGCAUCAUAAACAGCGGAAAGUGCAACGUGACCAUGACAAACGAAAGGGACAUUUGUGUUGGAGUGAACAGAACAACGCUGCAGAUGAACGGACGUUUCUGUGACUUCACUGUUGAGGAACUCGCCUGUGCGUCGCUGGCAGCGUUGACCCCACAAGACCUGGCGGCCAUCUUGGUUUGCAAUCGCUCCUCCGGCGGCUCCGGACCCGCCUGGAAGCUCCUCCUCUCCAAGGCCUCACACGUGCUGGACGCGGCUCUGGACCUUCUGACCAACGCGACUCUGGACCCCAGGAAUCCUGCGCUUUCAAUGGUUCUGGACGUCAUACGAGAAAUUCGAUUGGACAUGUCUGCGCCGGGCAGCCUCAACGACGCCGCCUUCAUCCAGCUGUGGUUCCAAAUCCGCCUUCGAGCGUUCCUCCCCGCCGCUUCCGCCGACUUCUUCUCGUGUCUCACCACCGAGGGGCUGAACUGCACCGGCUACCAGCACCUGGUGCGGGUAUUGAGCGACUUGCGGCCACACAUGACACUCACCGAGCAGAUUUCUGUGUACACGCACUUCAUGAAGGCUUUCCUGAGCAGGAACGGCACCUCGGACUCCAGCUGCAGCGCACACAUUAACAGCAGCGGAGAAUGGCUGCAGAGGAACUUGGGCGGCUUCUCCUUCCUCGCGUCCUUCCACGACCUGCGGAUGCUCUAUCCCAACUUUUCACCGCUGACGGCUUUACCGCUGCUGACGGCCAGGCAGCUGGCAGAGGUGUCCGCCACGCCUGGCCUGCUCACUUCCGCCGAAGACGUUGCCGUGGUGACGAAGCACAUCCCCGACGGAUCCCUGCCGGCCUUCUUCGAUGACUUCUCCUCUGCUAUCGCGGGUCAUGAGAGCGAUUUGCCGUCGGCCGUCAGGUCGGCCUUCUUGCAGGUCGUGUUCGAUCGUGCCAACCUCUCUGACCCGUCCACCGGGGACGCCGAUGUGUCGCUGUGGCUCCACAGCCGACUGCGCCCCCUGCUGGUCGGCCUGCCGCCGCAGCACGUCGCCCCAUUCUUCAGAAUACUAGCGGGGAGAAACUGCAGCAUCAAGCAGCAGGGAGUUGAGGUUUUGAAUUCAACAAUCCCAUCUCUCAGCGAAGACACGCAGAAAGAAAUCUACAACAACAUCGUUCAGACUCUCAAAGGACCGACGCCCCUCAACUGCUACGGCAACAACUACAACCUCAGCUUCUACAGCUUCCUGGAACGGUCCUUCAUGGGCUUCCAGUUCCCCAACCUGACCACCUUCCUGUCCCUCAUGCCUCGGGACAGGAUGCAUCAGCUGUUGAACUCCAUCCCUCCGUCGGGUCUCGGAGAUUUCCUGCGCCGCCCCGACGUCGUCGACAAUGACGCGGAGCUCUGCGUGAUCUACGGCAACUACAUCCAGACCCCGAUGUUCCUGGAUAGCGAGUCUCUCCCGGAGUCGGUGCGGCGGCCCACGCUGCCUUGCGUCUGGCCCGUGGCGCUGGCCAGCUCCGAGAGGUCGGAGGUCAACGCCUGGUUUGACCGACGUCUCCACAACUACCUGGUCUUCCUCACCAAGGGUCUGAUCAGCCCCAACAGCACGCACAACGCCUCCUGCCUGGCCUUCCAAAAGCUGGUUUCGGUUCUGGGUGAAUACAACUACACUGGCGCAGACUUUGAGCGGAGACAGGUGUUCGACAGCAUCAGGGCCUACCUCGCCUCAGCUUCGGCGCCGAGAUGUUACAACCCGAGCAACCCGGACCUGAACUCCACGGCCUGGUUCGCCGAGUACAUCGGCCCCUUCAUGGCUUUCCUCACGCUGGAGGACCUGCAGACGUUCGGGUCGGCCGAGGUUAUGCAGGUGUUCACAGUGAACCCUCUGAACAUCGCCUUGCUCAACCACAGUUCUUUACCUCUCAACCUCACCAACUACUACGUGGAGCUCGUUUAUCAACAGGACAGCAACUUCAACCCGCUGCUACUUCCCCUGGUGUGUCGCUGCGUCGCUCCCGGCCCGGCGUUCAGCCAGCUGAGCGCAGGGGACAGCAUGAUGGUCCUGCGCAACCUGACCGCCGUCUGUGCGUCCGUGGACCCGCAGGUUUCUGCGGCUUUGGCGGGCAACUUCGGCAACAACGUCGACGCCAGCACCAUUUCCUCCCUCGGCACGCAAUGCACCGGCCUGUCCACCGGGCAGAUCAAGACGAUAGAUCCUCAGCAGCUGUUGAUCGCCAUCAGCACUCUGAGCGGCGUGCCGGGCUGGAACCAGGGGCAGGCCAGGGCCAUCCUCCAGUCUCUGAUGUCCUCUGGGGCCUUCCAGAUCAACGGCACGGCGUCGCUGCUCUCGCUGGGCUCUCUCAUCGUGGGCGUACCGGCCGGAGCGAUCCGCAACGUCAAAGGCUCAGCGCUGCUCGGCGCGUCCAUAAACCCCUCGUUCCUGCAGCACAUGGCGUCCGCUCCUCAGAUCCUCCAGCAGGUCUUUGUCUAUCAGAUCGUAUCGGAGGACAGAAACGCCGAUGUGAUCAUCCAGAACGUUCCAGACGAAAUGGCCACAGAGAUCCCUCGUGCUCUGCUGCUGGGCCUCUCAAACAGCGGCGGCGUGAUCGAGAAGCUCAACCAGAAGAAGUGGAAACGCCAGCAGGUGGAGUUGUUCUUUGAUGUGAUCGCUGUGGAAUCCGCGACCACAGUGCUGGGGAGCCCAAACAAUUUGUCGUCCUCUCUGCUGCAAGGGUUCACGUGCACCGGAGUGAGGAGUGUUCAGGUGGUGCAGAUCAAGAAGCUCAUCAAAGCCUGUCGCAGGAGAGGCAAGAACAAGGUCGCUCUGGUGGAGACUCAGCUGACCUGCAUGUACAACUACAUCAAAGACGACUCGGAUGCCACGCUCUUCGACCUCUAUCCGCCCGACGUGCUGCUCUACUAUAACUACUCGCUGGUGCCGGAGGCCAGCUGCAGGUCCUACUUUAAACAGCUGGCCGACGCGGACUUCUCCGUCUUCUCCUCCACCCUCGGCUUCAUGGCGACCACCUUGUUCGAGAACGCGCGGAGCUGCCUGGGCAUAACAAACACGAGUUUGACUGAGGACAACGUAUCGGUGUUGGGAAACAUGUGCUGCACUGUCAACGGGUCCUACAUCGAGAACUCUCACCCGUCCAUCUUGGAUAAGCUCGCCAGUUGUCCGGACCUCUCCGCGGGUCAGGUGGCCGCGGCUGAAGCUCUGCUCCAGAGCGGGAAAACGCAGUACGGGGCUCCGUCCAAGUGGAGCGAACAGACUCUGAAGGACCUCGGGAUGUUACCGCUCUACCUGACUUCCACCUUCUACGAUAACUUUGACAAAAAAACGAAGCGGAGGUUCCUGAGGUACUUCCUGGAGGUGCUCGGGAGCAACGGAGUGGGCCGACAGAAGAGGAGGAGUCUGAAGAAAGAACUGAGGCAGUCGAUCAAAAACAAAUCGAAGCGCUCGAUCGUGAACGGGUGCACCGUAGGAACCAUCACCCAGGUGACCAUCAGCGAUGAGACGUUCCCCUUCGACUACGACGACGUAACUCAGUUCAACUGCUGCCUCAGCGCAUCCGUCGUCAGGGACAACCUGGAUGCCAUCGUCGCGAAGGUGGACCAGGAGGAGUACCUCAGCGUCGUUCUCGGCAAGCUGCGAGAGAUUUACCCCAUCGUCCCCGAAGACCAGGUCCUGCUCUUAGGCCCCGCCUCCCGCCUGGCAACUGUUGCCGACGUCCUUACGUGGAACAUCACCCAGAUCGACACCCUCUCCGCUUUGAUGAACCCGUCCGACGGGCAGUGGGACCCGAUCCUGGCCAAGGCCGUCAUCUCCAGGUACCUGAGUCGGCCGGGGAACACGCUGGGCACCGACGAGCUGAACGCCAUCGGAGGAGCCAACCUGUGCUCCCUGGACGCCGACGUUUUGAAGAACAUUUCCCAACAGAGCAUCAGAGACGCCGGCGCCCUGACGUUGUCCAACUGCACCUCGGAGAAAAAGCGAGUACUGUUCGCCAUCGCCGAGCAAGCGUUUGCGGCAAACACCCGCUCGGUUGUCUCCCCUCCCACUUUCCAGCUCACACAACCAUUCAUCGGAGGCGCCGAUUUAGCAUACGUCCAACGUUUGGCAACAUCCGGCACAAACAUGGACAUGAGUGCCUUGACCAGUCUGGAUAGCAACGUUGUGCUGAACCUGACGGUUAGCGAGGUCAGAGGUCUGCUCGGCACCAACUUGCCCACUUUGAAGCUGUAUGAAGACCAGCCGCUGGUGAAGAGCUGGAUCGCCAGGCAGCUCCAGUCAGAGCUCAACACGCUGGGAAUCGGGCUUGUGGGAGGCAGGGCUGACACCACCAACAGCCCCAUCACCGCCAACAGCACCAACAGCACCAUCACCACCAACAGCACCAACAGCACCAACAGCACCAUCACCACCAACAGCACCAACAGCACCAUCACCACCAACAGCACCAACACCGUCGCCCCCACAAACAAACCCGUGACCGCCACCACCACCACCACAGGGAACAACGGGGUCAACGUCCGAGCAGACGCUGGCUUCUCCUUCCUCCUUCUCCUCUCGCUGCUCGUCGCCUCCUUUGUGUGAAGGAACACGUGGUGGAUUCUUGUUCCUGAUCAAUAUGUAUCCAGGAAGUGAAGAAGACAUUUGAAUUUUUUGUAUUUCACAUCUAGCCACGAUGAUGCAAUAACAAUGUAAAUACUGAAAUUAUCCACUAGUUGAUUCCGCUGGAGCGGCAUAAUAUAUUUACUUCAUUUAGUUGUUUUUCCUUGGUUGUUUUAAUUAUUAAUGGUAAUGGUGAAAUGGACUAUCGAUUUUGAAAAUUGCGCCGCCUUUGUGAAGUCCUAUGUUGCCUAAAGCUGUGUGAUCUUAAUAAUAAUAAAUGCAUGUUGUAAAUUGCUGCACAAUCAAAAAGCACUUACUAAGUCGCAGUAUGAUAACAUUCAAAUACAAUUCUAAUCAUAAAUGAAUACAAAACAUAAGUCUGGUGUAAGCACUUUUUCAUGUCUAACUUUGUAAAACUCUGACGGUGUUGAAUAACACGACAUAUAACAACUUUAGUGACAGCUGUCACGUUCAGAAUAAUUGAAUUUUGAUGGCUGUGUUAUAAGUGUGAUGCUUCGCAAGGCAACAUGUCUGUUAGAGCAGCACCAAAUAAAUCAUUUCCAUAACGCC